AAUUCUCGAAUCGAGGGGUAAAGGAGGCGAAACAGCUCUGACUCAGUGCUUACAGAGAAAGACCUCCCCAGACCGUUACCUCGAUGCUGCGCGAAGGUGGAGUCAUCUGGGGAUAGAGAGAGAGAGAAAGAGAGAGAGAGAGAGAGAGAAAGGGGGAGGGAGGGGGAGAGAUGAGGAGAGAGCGAGAGGAGCAGGGCAACCGAAGAGGACAGAUGGAUUAUCUGACAUGCGCCUGGAUUGACCAACGUUCCUAUUUAAGUCUUGAAUCCUGUUUUUCCUCCUCAGAGUAAAAUCUGAAAAUUCUUUCCAGCACAUGUGGAGUCUGGUAGUUUUCAAACAGGUAGAUGGUGUACAGCACCAUUUCUUUUACUCCUUUUUUUUUUUUUUUUUUUUUUUAAAUUUCACUGGAACUAAAGAUUUUUGCUGUCGGCUUGGAUAUCGAGAACUUUUGUAACUUUUCAGAGGAUUUUUCUUUUUGUUUUGGAUUUUUUUAAAAAACAAAAUAUAAUAAUUGACAGCCUGGGAAUUCAAGGAGCAAUCACACUGCAGUCAAGAAGAAUAGUUCGAAUUUCACAAACUGGAAAUGUUUCUUUCUGAAAUCCACACUCAGUAACUGCUUUUUAUAUUUGACCAUUCAGACCAAAACAGGCUUGGACAGCAGACUUUCUGAUAAUCAGCCUUAAACCUUUCAGCGCUGCGGAAGAGAACUCAAACGACUGAGAGUUUCAUUUGGGUUCUGCAGGCGUCCCACCGUGCUCACCAAGUCUGGACCGUGGAGGGCUCCCUAACCUGCCCUCCCAGUCUAUCCUCGCCCCCAGCAGCAUGUCCCAGGCUCUGAGGCUGCCUCCAGUCCUCCUCACAGCACACUACCAUGGUCAGAUGGGCUGCUGGAGGGAGUAAGGCUGCCUCUGCCUCGUCCCGCUCCAGGGCUGGGUUGGGGGCUCGUUCUGGCUCUCGGGCCAGCUCCAGGCUGAGGUCUUCAACGCUGCGGUCCUCCCUGUCUUUUCCCGUACUGUUUACCCUGGUGGUUUUCUCCUUGUCCUUACCUGGGGCUGCCUGCCUCCGCAGAGACAGACUGAGGCUCACAAACCCAGGAUCUAUCGGGGUUCCGCUGAACAUUUCUGAGACCGAGCCCUUCUCCAGACCCAGGGCCACCGGGGGCCCCGUGGGUCGAACUGGGGGACCACAGGGCAGGCAUGUGCGCAGCUACAAUCACCUACAGGGGGACAUACGGAGGAGGAAGCUGUUCUCUUUCCAGAAGUUUUUUCUGAGGAUCGAUAAGAAUGGAAAUGUCAGUGGGACCAAGAGCAAGGACGACCCCCUCAGUAUUCUGGAAAUCACAUCAGUGGACGUGGGAGUGGUGGCCAUCAAAGGGCUGAACAGCAACCACUAUCUGGCUAUCAGCAGGAAGGGAGAGCUGUACGGAGCGAGCGAGUUUGGCAUUGACUGCACCCUGAAGGAGCGCAUCGAGGAGAACGGCUACAACACGUACGCGUCGGCCGAGUGGAGGAACAAGAAGCGGCAGAUGUUCGUGGGUCUGAAUGUCCACGGGAAGCCGAUGAGAGGAAAGAAAACCCGCAGGAAGAACACGGCCACCCACUUCCUUCCAAUUAUGGUGUGAACCGGAGAAAUCACCCACAUAUGCAGCACUGGACAGAGAGGUUUUCAAGGCCCGAGAAGCUGUAAAAUAAAGACAUUCAUUGAGAUAUCUCUCAUUGGAGAAUAAAAAGAAAAAAAAGGGCACUAACACUGUCACUCAAAGAAAUUGUCUCUGCUCCUGACUUUGAUUGGGAUUGUGUAUUUUAUUUGGUGGGGGAAGUUCAUAUCUGUGGCACCGAAUGCAAUGCUAAUCCCCUUUCUUUUUUGUUUUUUUUCCUGUGCCAAACUGUUUGCAGCUGGAGUAUGCGUGUAUGUAAUGUGGACAACAUUGUCUCAUGUAAUGAACUGUAGUAGAUGCAGACGUAUCUCAAGAUGUUAUUUAUAAUCCAUACUCUCCCACAAGACACUUAAAGGGCGAAAGAUAGCAAACGGCUAAAGACAAGGGAAAUGAUCAGUCAGUUUAUCAACUAAUAGAGGAUACAACACAUUUAAAGCAAAUGUUUGAUACUUAACCACUGUGUUUUGACUGAAUUGCAAUGAUUUAUUUAUUUUGUGAAAUAUUUAACUGGAGGGGAACACAAGGAUUCCUUUGCAUUCUUUACUUUUUAUAGGAACUCUGUUAUGUGAGAAUAAAAUUACCAUUUUCUCCCCUGCAA